CAAAGACCUUGAAAUCCGGGAGCAUAUUCAAAAAUUUCACAUGUCUUCGUGAGUUUUCGACCAAGAAAUAAAAUUGAUUUAUUUGUGAAAAAGUCACAUUAUCCUUCAUAUUUACCCAACAAUAAUAAUAUGACAUCAAAAAUGGAUGAAGCUAAUGCUGGCCUUAUUAACAAACAACAACAACAACAAUCACGGGUAAAAACUCGACCACCACCGGGGAAAUGUACACUAGCUAGAAAACGAUUAAGACAAAUAUUCAAUAUGCGAAAAUAUUAUUUAUCAAUCAUUGGAUUAACUGGUUUUGAAGCGCUAUUAGUAUUAUGCAGAGUUAUACUGGAAACAGAAUCUCUACGAUUUCCUCCAGGAAAUAGUCAACGAAUGAUUUUAGACGCACAACUGGCUUUAGAAUGUUUCAGUCUAUUCACCCUGACAUUAUUUGUUAUUGAAGUACCAUUUAAAAUGUGGGCUAUGGGUAUACGUCAAUGGGGUCGUCAGUUAUUAUUUCUUAUCGAUGCACUUGUCUGCAUUGUCUGUUUCUCAUUGGAUAUAUACAAUAUUUAUCGACAUGCAAUUAAUCCAUCAAGGAUAACAAAUGAAUCAGUUAAAGUUAUUGAAUUAUGCAAUUAUAUACAUUUGACUUUACAAGCUGAUACAGCGUCUACAUUUGCUGAAAUAUCUGGUCUUAUUAUUGUCUAUAGAUUAUGGUAUAUUAAAAGAUACAUAAAGAAGACAGUCUUGACAAAAAAUAGACAAUCAGUGAAACAAAUUCAUGAUCUUCAACAAGUUCUUGAAGAGGGUGAAUAUCGUAUCAGUCAACUGGAAAGUUUAUUACAAGAUCGGAAAGACUAUCCUCGUCAUCUGUCAAAUUUAAUGCCUGAUAACAAUAACAGACAAGGACAACCAAAUGCAAUAUCACAAGCAGCACGACCAAGUUCAAAGGUUACCUAUUCAAGUCGUCAAAGUCAUCGUACACUCUCCAGUAUUGAUCGGUAAAUCUGAUACUGUCCUGCCAGUUAAUAAACACGAGGAAUUGUUUCAUCUACCAGCUCUGUACAUUUAUUCUUCUUGUAUCAUAUACAUAUGCUACUUGUGUUUUUAGUAGUAUGAAAUGAACUACAACAAUUAUGCUGCUUUAAUUGAAGUUUUACUCAAUAGAAUUAUUAAUUCAUAUGAAUUUAUAACGAUCUCAGGCAAAGCAUAUAUAUAUAUGUUGAACACUUAUACCCUGUUAGUUUUAUUCACAGC